AUGUCGCUAUUCCUCACGCACUGUUUCCCUCAUGCUAGCUCAUGCACCGAUCACUAUGAAUCCGAUUCGGAAUAUGAAUGUCGUGACGAUCUAUUCGAUUUAAACAGAUUCACACAACCAAUUCACGUCGGAUUGGAUUUAACAAUCGAAGGUUCAAGAAAAUUAGGACACUACCUAUUGAUCAUCAUGUGGAGGUUAAUAUUAAAAAGUCCCAUGUUAUUCCGAGUGAGAGAUGAAGCGAAAGAACAAGUCAAAUUGUUGGAGAAAUUUUGUUGCCAGAGACACGAAGAGUUUGCUAGGGAGGUUUGUUGUUCGAAUCAUCAUUUGUUUGAAGAUUCGAGUGUGGAAGUGUUUGAUGAUAUGCAGGUGUGGGCUUCCAUGAGAGAAAGUGAAGAAAAUGAGACACGGGAAUACGAAGGAGAAAAGAGAAUUAAAUUAGAUGCUGAAUCCCUGUCAAAAGUUUAUACACUUUCGAAUUAUUUUGCUACUAUUGUUAAAAAAUACAUAUUUGGAGAGUUGGCGAAACAUGGCACUGCAGAGAUUUACAAAUUUAUCACAAAGCAAAAUAAGAUUGCACUUACAUUUAAAAUUGAGGAGCUCAGAGAUAUGGUAUUGAAAUAUUUCGAAUAUACUCCUUCAAUGCUUCCAUUGGAAGAUCAGGAUGUUAAAUUAUAUUUUAUUGGAAUGACAGCCUUACUGGAAUAUUUGGCAGCUGAAAUGAUUGAAUUGGGUGGAAAUGCCGCUAGAGAUGCCCGUCAGGAAUAUAUUACACCUUCUUGUUUUGAAAUAGCCACUUCAGGAGAUGCAGAAUUGGAAAGGACGGUACUAUUUCACAUGAACCAUUUGCCUCUCGUUGAUUUCAAUUAUUUUUAUGGAGCCAAUCAAACAGUAUUACCUCCUAUUGAUGUGAAUGAGAAAGCCAAUAGUGGAGAGGAAUUUAAUUUUACUCAACUACCAACUGAAUUACAUAACACCAUACUCAAAAAUGUUUCUUCGUUGGAAGAACUUUUGGAAAUGAGAUUGGUUUGCAAACAAUGGAACUAUUUCAUCAUGAAUGAUAAUGAUAUUUGGAAGAGUUUAAUUUGUAACAAUACGAUUUCAGAAGAUUUAUUCAGGUUCUGUGAUUCAACUUUUACUGUUGGUGAGUUGGAAACUAUUUUGAGUAGAGGAAAAGAUCUAAAACCUCUCCAUUUUGGCCAACAAGUAAUUAAUCAUUUCUAUGAGAAGAAUGAUUGGAAGUCCCUAUACUUUAUUCUCGUACGAAGACAUUUGACAUUUAUACGUGAUUUGGAUUUGAUGAAAUCAAGAGAAUUUUUCGAUGAAUAUUUCAAUUACGAUUCUUCUGUAGAAUCAUAUGACAACUCGAAAAAGAAACUGCAAAUUGGAAUUACAAAGGGUGUAUUUGCGAAUUUCAACUUUACAAAACACCUAUCAUCACGUGUUUCGUCUAAGGUUUACAUUCCUAAAGAUGCUCUUUCAGAAUUUUUGAAAUUUGGAAAUAAUUAUUCACUAGUUGGUGUGAUUGACUUUUCAAAAUUCUCCUCCUUCAUUUCAUGUCGUUUGUUCCCAAAAAAUGGAUUAUUAUAUUGCUUUUAUCACAAAAUCAAUCAAGCAGAUUUUCUAUUCUUUGAGAAUUAUUCUCUUGAAUCUGAACAAUUAAUUGAAUUUGAAAUCAAAGACAAAAGCUUUGAAUUUCCUCAACCAAUUAAUCCAUACCAAGUCUACCAUGAACAAAUUAUUGUCAAUCAACCUUCAUGUUGUCCACUCUUUUACUUGCAGCAAGCACAAGGUCAUCGUUCAGGUUGCAAUCUAGCCCCAAGCGUUCUAUUUAACAAUAAUGAAGACAAACCUGAAACAAUGAUUCAAUCCUACCUCAGAGAGGAUGACGAGGAUAAUAUAGUACUGCUAUCAGACACCUUGGAGGAAUCAGAAGAUACUUUUUCUAUUUACAUUUCAAGAGAGGAUUUAAUCUUAAGAAAGUUUGAGAAUGCAAAAAUUGAAUAUGUGAAACCAAACUACUAG